UCUCUCUCUCUCUCUCGCAUUUCCGCCAAGGCUAGGGUUCUGAUUUCAUCAAUGGCGGUUUCGGAGGCGGGCAAAUCGGAAAAUCUGCAGACGACGAAGUUGAUCGCGACAUGGUUGAUCGGAGGUGUGGUUCUCGGAGUCUCUGCUCUGGGUGUGUAUUUCACUUUCCCUCUAGGAAAAUGGAGGAUGAAGAAGAAGAACAGGCCUGUUCGUGUUUACAUGGAUGGUUGUUUCGAUAUGAUGCACUACGGUCACUGUAACGCUCUCCGUCAGGCUCGAGCCCUUGGCGACCAGCUCGUCGUCGGUGUUGUCAGCGAUGCCGAAAUCACCGUCAACAAAGGCCCUCCCGUUACUCCUCUCAAGGAAAGGAUGAUUAUGGUCAGUGCUGUGAAGUGGGUGGAUGAGGUUAUUCCUGAUGCACCUUACGCUAUAACUGAAGAAUUCAUGAAAAAGCUGUUUGAUGAAUACGAUAUAGAUUAUAUUAUUCAUGGGGAUGACCCAUGUAUUCUACCUGAUGGAACGGAUGCUUAUGCCCUUGCUAAGAAGGCUGGUCGAUAUAAGCAGAUCAAGCGCACAGAAGGAGUUUCAAGCACUGACAUUGUUGGUCGUAUGCUUCUUUGUGUGAGGGAGAGGACUUCAAGUGAGAGCCAAAAUCAUUCUUCCUUGCAAAGACAAUUCAGUCAUGGUCACAACCAAAAUUCUGAAGAUAGUGGAUCUGGCAGUGGAACACGCAUUUCUCAGUUUCUACCUACAUCUCGCAGAAUUGUGCAAUUCUCCAAUGGGAAGGGUCCUGGACCAGAUGCUCGCAUAGUUUAUAUAGAUGGUGCAUUUGAUCUUUUUCAUGCUGGACAUGUGGAGAUAUUGCGGCUUGCAAGGGGGCUUGGAGAUUUUUUACUUGUUGGGAUUCAUACUGAUCAAACUGUCAGUGCACACAGAGGGGCACACCGCCCAAUCAUGAAUCUUCAUGAAAGGAGCUUAAGUGUUUUGGCUUGUCGUUAUGUAGAUGAGGUGAUAAUUGGUGCUACAUGGGAAAUGUCAAGAGACAUGAUAACAACCUUCAAUAUCUCUUUAGUUGUCCAUGGAACGGUGGCUGAAGAUAAUGAUUUUCGAAAGGAAAAGUGCAACCCAUAUGAUGUUCCAAUUAGUAUGGGCAUCUUUAAAUUGUUGGAUAGUCCUUUGGAUAUCACUACUAGCACAAUAAUAAAGAGAAUCGUAUCAAAUCACGAGGCAUAUCUGAAACGCAAUGAGAGGAAGACAGAAAGUGAGAGAAGGUAUUACGAGGAUAAGACUUACGUCUCUGGUGAUUAAUUAUUGAAUCUCGGAAAGUCUGGUUUACACGCAUGGGGAGCCUUUUAAGUGCCCAUUGCAUUAGUUUUACUGACCUAAAUAGAUCUGUUACAGUACAUUUCCAUGAUAGAUUAUUCAAUAGGGUGGGUGUGACAUGAUUGAGACCCAAUUUUGAAGAUAAUGUCUAGUUAUGGAGCUUAUGUCGCUGACGCAAUAUUCCGAAUUGUGUUCAAGACGCGAACGACUUUGAGCCAAAAAGCAGAUACUGAAAGGUCAGCAGAUAAUACAAUAGACAACAUUUUUAUGUUAGCCUUUUUUUUUAUUUUUGUAUUUUAUUGUGUUAAAUCUCUUUCAAGAGUAUGCAUCUUUGUUCUUCUAAGUGCAGUGUGCACACAUUUAGCGUAUGUAUUGAAGUUAGAUUAUUUUACUUGUUUUGAUAUUUUGAGAAAUAGAGAGUUUCUAUGACAUUUGAUUGGGAUUGUUUGGUGUAA